GUGAAAACCAAGUUUCAAGUUAUAAGAGAAAGACGUUUCCAGAGUGGAAGUUUGAUAUUUUGGAUAAUUCAGUAGAUAGUGUUGAAAAAUGGUUGAAAAAGAAUUGUGAGACACCAUUACCAAAAUUGCUUACCCUUGAUAUAGUUGUAGCAAGUUUUAGAGUCAAUUUAAAAUACCUUGAACAAAUCAUUAACACAGAAAAACCCGUAACCAUGUCUACAAUUGUUUUUAUAAUAAUAGAUGAUCCAAAUUCACCAAACAUUAUAACAUUAAAAAAAAAAAUAUGA